UGCAGUUCGGUUUGCUGGAGGCAUCAUGCUGGCCGCCGUCCUGCAGAGGGCGCAGUGGCCUGUGGUGGUUCUGAUGGUGUGUGUGCGGAUGAGUGCGGUUCGGGGCGCCGCCUGCCCGCCCCGGUGUCUCUGCACAGCGGACAUCCUGAGCUGCCCGGCGCUGGAUCUGGACCGGGUCCCCGCAGCGCUGCCGGCCUACGCCGCCACCCUGGACCUGAACCACAACCGGAUCCAGCAGCUGGAGCCGGGCGCCUUCCAGGGGCUGCUGCAGCUGGAGGUGCUGAGGUUGGCCCAUAACCAGCUGAGCGCCAUCCGGCCCGGUGCCUUCAGGAACUCUUCCGGACGCCUGAGACACCUGGACCUGUCAUCCAAUCAGCUGCUGGUCCUGAAGCAGAGCGACUUCCAGGAGCUGGCAGCACUGGAGGAGCUACUGCUGUUCAACAACCGGAUCAAGCACGUAGAGAGCACCGCCCUGUCCGGACUGACCGGCCUCCGGAAGGCCUACCUCAGCCACAACCGCCUCACCAACUUCCCCUUCUUCAGCAUCCGGACAGACGGUCACCGGCAGCUGACCCUGCUGGACCUGUCCUCCAACCGGCUGCCCAAGCUGCCGCUGGCGGACAUCUCCGGCCUGCCGCCGGCCCUGCAGGAGGGGCUCUAUCUGCACAACAACUCACUGGUGUGCGACUGCGCCAUGUUCUCCCUGUUCCGACUGUGGGAGCAGAAAGGCUUCGCGUCGGUCCGGUUCUUCCGGCAGGAACACGUUUGCCUGGUCGCUGGAGUCCAGCGCAGCGGCAUCAGCUUUUUCCUGCACCAGCGCUACUUCGAGCCCUGCAACAUGACGGCGACGCCGCAGCAGGAGGCCAGUGUGUCGGUGAAGGCGGGGGCGCCGCUGCUGCUGCACUGCGUCACGUCUUUGUCCGGCCGCGGCGCCGUCUUCUUCUGGCUCACGCCGCAGCUGGAGUACGUGGCUCCGCCUGGGAACAACGGCUCCAUCAGGAUGUUUGCUAACGGCAGCCUGGCGAUGGCGGCGCCCCAAGAGCGGGACUCUGGGAUCUACGUGUGCGUGGUGCAGGUGCGGCGACUGAACGACUCCCGGGAGGUCAACGUGACGGUGCUGCCGCGGCCGGCCACUGAUGCCACCGAGCCCUUCAACACGGGCUUCACCACCCUGCUGGGCUGCGUGGUCAGCCUGCUGCUGGUCCUGGUCUACCUGUACCUGACGCCCUGCCGCUGCCCGCCCUGGCCCAGGCCCCGCCCCCUGGGGGCCACCGCCCAGAGCCAAGGCAAGGAGGGCGGGGCGGGCAGCGCCCAGUCCUCCAUCCUCACGCCGACGCCGCCGGCGUCCACCGAGGGCCCCAGCCGCAAGAUCUAUCCGUCUCACCGCUGCUCCUCUCAGCCCUCCGACUCCCUCCAUCAGUAGACCUUCAUCCUCCUCCUCCUCCUCCAGACAGGAAGCUCUGAGGCCUUCGUCAACAUGCAUGAGGGAAACCAAAGAAGAACCUGUGAGGAGUCUUCAUCACAGUCUUCAUCACAGUUUGCAUGAGAGCAGCAGCUGUCACAGAGUCAGAGCAGACACCGGGGAUUGUGGGUAAUCUGAAGGCUAGAGCAGUGCAUGCUGGGAAAUGAGGUGAAAGCUGCUUCUGAUGUCUCCUAAUAAACGUUAUGAUGAAGGAAAGAG